CACAGCAUUUGUCCUCCAAGAAACACCAGGACAAGCUGAGUGGCCGCAAGCCCAAAGGAGGAGGUUCUUGGCGGGGCAGGCGACGCCCUCCCUUCCGCGGAGGACGAGGUGGACGCCCUCGAUCCCACACAUUCACUCAGCCUUUGUCAAGCAACUUUGUCGCAGGAGGAGCCUUGAUGUAAGGCACAAGAAAGUGUUACUUAGUGUUAGGUUUAUUAUUUAGAAGCUGUCUCUGUCAAGAUAGGUACAACUUGUGUUCAUGUCCAACUACUUCUUUCAUGCAUUAAUCUUCAUUGCAUAUAGGUACUAUAUUUUAGGUCAUUAUAUGAAUAUCAGAGUUAUGUAUAAUUGAUUAGGUAUAUUGUAUGCUUAGUAUAUUCUGCUUGAUUUUUUAGGUUGAUGAUUACAGUUAGGGCAUUUGAAAGGUGAGAGUAAAGACGAUUAUUAGAAGGAUGAAGUACAGUUUUCUUUAUUCCAAAGCUAAAGUUAUUUGGAUAUUAUUAUUUGAUAUUCAAUUUGCCCACACUUUCUUUUAACCUGAUGUAGCAGAUGUGACAGUGUGUGGACAAACAGUUUGAUUAGGUUGAUACUGCUCUCUUUGUCCUGAAAUAUAUACAAUUGUUUUUAAACAUAACAUGAUAUGUUAAGUCUACUUAGUUUGAAUUAUCCUGUGUCAUUUGAUGUUUUCAUGGUUAUGAUGUGAACUGUAAUGCUGGUAUACCAUUGAUGUUCAGAAUAUAUUAGAUCAAAAAUGUCUCACAGGAAGCAUUGCUUUUGUUGAAUUUUUAGAACUGAUGUUAAGUUAAGAUUACCUCAUUAGUAAUGAGGUGUACCCUUUAUAGCUGAAAGGAUGUGAUACAUCAUGAAAGAUGUCACAGUACUUUAUUACAACACAACGGCCUCAUCUUAAAUGGAUGACUGAAAGGAACUGCCAUGAUAUUUCUAUGUGUAUAAUGAUAUUGCUAAAUGUCUUUUUUUUUUCAAAUUGUGGAAUCUAAGGUCCUUCACAUGAAACUGAUGUUGAAGAUUCUGUAUACAUGCAUUUGUUAGUGUACACAUGAUGAGCCCUUAUGUGAAUGGCUUUCUUUCAUCAGCAUAGGAAUGGCUUUCUUUCAUCAUCAUGUGAAUGGCUUUCUUUCAUCUUGUAUACAAAAGGGUGACAUUUGCUAUUACAGCUUGCAGUCUUAGCUGUUUGCAUUUUACUGUAGUAGAACCUUGGAUAAAUUUUUAUAACUUAUUUUUAAUACUUGCCAUCCUUAGUUCUCAGCAAGCAUUUUUUAAUUAUUAUUAUUAUUAUUAUUAUUCCUUUUUUCUUCAAUCCAUGGAUUUGAAUAGUGCUGUACAACACACCUGCCCAUUAUGAAUAGGUCAUUUUGUCUCAUUUUUUCUAUGCAUGAUACUCUUUGUGCUAUGAUAGGAAAUUGUAUGUUUAGGUACAUGAUACACUACUGAUAAUGUCAUGGAUUAGCUGAAAUAUUUUAAGCUUCACCAAGAAAAUUGUCUUUCCUUCCUAUAUUAUGUAUUUCCCUUUGAUAUAAACAUUAAGUAUGCAUUCUAAAUACACAUGUACUUAAAGAUAAAAGAACUUGUGUAUGCUCUAUAGAUGCUUUGACCAAGGAUAACAUGUUAGUGUCUAAAAAAAAUGGUAUGCAUUAAUUGAGUAAACAAUGCACAUGUUCUAAUGAACCAUUUGAAUUGCACUAUGUUGACAAGUAGUGAGUGUCUUGUCUUCUGUUUCCCUGUAUUGGGUGGCUGGAUUGAUUAGCCUCUUUAAAUUCCCCAAAUAAACAGUUUGGUAGCUCAUA